ACUCCCAAACAGAAACAGGGCGGUCCCGUUGAAUUAGUCGAAAUAUAGGCAAAAGACAUCGGCAGAUAUCCUGUUGGGAUCAAACCUGGGGGUAAUCUGAUGAGUCUCUGUUUGAAGUGAUUAUCACGCAGGGAAACUAAGGGAUAGCCCGGCUUCUCGCCUAAUUAGCAAAUGUAGUGCAGAGCCUUAAGAAGUUUAUAAAGACUGAGGACAGGAGGGGACUGUCCUCAACCUAUCAACUCACCAGGACAGCUACCGGAUAGCAGCCUCUUAACCACAAUCCUACUGCUACUUUGAGCUGCUCUACAGCUAAUACACCAGACCUGAAGACAGUUGUUCUCUCUCUCUGACUGAUGAGAAUGCCACACUUAAGUGACUGUAGUUACUACAAGAUGCGAGACGGAGCCCGAGUUUCCAAUGUCCAGAGCCACCUGGAGGGCUCAAAGUUCCACCUACACCAGGCCCAGAGUCAGCAGGUCAAGCAGUACCUGACGCUGGGUUCCAAGGUGGCCGGGGGACAGGGGGGCCACCCUCACCCCACUGGGCAGGGAGGGCAGCUCUUGGGCACCGUUCCAGUGAUGAGGAACUGCCACAUGGCCCCCCUCAGCGAUGGCAGCACCCCCAGCAGCCCUGUUACACUGCUGACCCUGGCAUCCAACCAUGACAGUGAGUUUCCAAUGGAUGAAGUUAUUGAUGACUUGAUUAGCCUGGAAUCCGGGUUCAAUGACAGGGGCUUGGAUUGUAUGGAUCCCAGCAUCAUAAUGCAAAACAAUGUGCUCAGUAGCAGCAUGCUGGACAUCUAUGGGGGUGAACCAGGUAUGACUACAGCCCCUCAUAGCCGAAUGACACCCACCUUACGCCCCACUAUGCUCACUACUGUAAAAAGGGAAGUCACAGAACAUGAAACGAGAGUGAUGGCCAAAGAACGACAGAAGAAAGACAACCACAACUUGAUUGAAAGAAGAAGAAGAUACAACAUUAACUACAGAAUCAAAGAACUUGGAACAAUGAUACCAAAGUCGAAUGACCCGUUAUCUUUUAUGUCCCUCUGCCGUAGUGAUAUGCGCUGGAACAAAGGCACCAUUCUCAAGGCGUCGGUGGAGUACAUCAAGUGGCUGCAGAAGGAGCAGCAGCACACCAGAGAGCUGGAGAACAGGCAGAAGAAGAUGGAGCACGCCAACAGGAAGCUACUGCUCAGGAUCCAGGAGUUGGAGAUCCAGGCCCGUGCUCAUGGCCUCCCCAGCAUGGCCACUGCCCUGGGUACUGUAGAGCUCUCCUCCCACCUCCUCAAACAACAAAAACAACAACAGCAGGAGCCCUUAGCUCCCCAGUCACAGCAGGGUCUCCAGCCACCCCUGUACCAGGAAGAGCUGAACGGGGAGUACCUCCAGAGGACCUCCAUGCCAGCCAUGGUCACCGGGCUUACAGACCAGGGUCAGGGGGUGGUUGAUGGCUCCACCACUUUCUCCGACCCGCUGUCUCAUUUCACAGACUUCUUCAGCUCCACGCUCAAAGAGGAGCAACGGCUGGACGAGAUCCUCAUGGACAACCCGCUCUCGCCUUUCGGCACCGACCCGCUUCUCUCCGCCGGCUCGCCCGACGCCUCCAAGGACUCCAGUCACAGGAGCAGCUUCAGCUCGGACGAUGGCGACGAUGACCUAUGAUCCCUGACCCCUCCGCGACCCCGUGUCAAAGGUCAAAGGACAAACAGCAGUUGGUCACCCUCACAAAGUGGUGCAGGGAUUUGUUCCAGCCCAGCACCAACACAUCCGAUUCCACUGACCAGCUCGAAUCAUUGAGAGCUUGAUUCGUGGGCUCAGGUGUGUUAGUGCUGGGCCGGAGCAGAAGCCUGCACACCCUGUGGCUCUCCAGGACCAGGGUUAGUUAACACUGGCACUCCCACUUUUUAAAAACUUUGGCCGAGAGUGCAUCCAGCACCUCUGCCUCGCAGACAGAACCAGACUCAUGAGAAAAAGGGAGAAAGACAAUCGGUCCAUACUGAUCUUAAAAUACUGCUCCACAGUGCAUUGAACACUGGGGUUGUUGUACACCACUGUAAACUAUACAGACUACUUCACUGUACCGAUCACGUGUCUUUGCGACAUGCCAAAAGAGGAUUGCUUCCUUUUCAGAGGUAUAGUAUUACUGUUAUUGUAUAAAGGACUUUAAACCAUUGAGGUUCACUGAUGGGCCCUAUCUAACGUUAGUUACUGGUGGUUCCUCUUCCAAACAGAAAUUAAAAUGGAACAGUGAUACUAGCCGAAAAAGCCUAACACGUCCUUCGUUCAUCUUUACAUUUAUUUUUAUAAAAUGUUUUAUGUAUUUAUAUGUGUUUUAAUCCAUGUAUUCCUAAAAAACAUUACACUUUCUAACAUGCUCUCUUUUCUAUUGGUGGGGUGGGGAAAAUAUAAUAAACCCCUUUUUUUUGUAUAAAUCA